CGAAUGUGAUAAGAAAGAAAUCCGUUACUUUAAUGUCUCAUCAUUCAUGGAGAGAGAGUUGCCACAGAAAGUUACAAUAACAGUGAUAAGCGGACGGCAGCUGCAGGGAAGGAGAAAGGGAGAGCCUAUACGUGCGUCUGUUGUGUUUGGACUGGGAAAGGAGCUGUUUCAGACUGAGGAGGUAGAGUCUACCGAGCCCUUCUGGAAUCAAGAAGCUCAUGUUAAUGUAUCAGGAAAACUAACUGACUCCCUCAAGUUUAAACUAAAGGAUCAGGGGCACACCAUUGGUAUCAUCAGUGUCCCCAUCUCCUCUCUAACAAGACGGAAACACGACCAAUGGAUUCCUUUCCAACCCUACAAGAAAGACAGGAGCUAUCAUGGCGACCUCUGCCUCAGCUGUUAUGUGUCUGAAGUACGGAUUGCCUCUGACCUCUCACCGACUAAUUCUCACAGCUCAAGCGAAGAUGUUUCGGGCAGUGGAAAGAAGAGUGGUGGGAUUGGGGCUCACUUUGAGAAAUGGAGUCCGCUCGGUGGGAAGUUAGGGAUAGGGAACAACAGGCUCUCGUCUUCCUCUGAUUCUGACAUUAGGAAGGAUCUAUCUGGAGGGGGUCAUCUCUCACCCAUUGAUGAUGAAAGAAUGAGUUCACCACUAGGUAAUGAUGAUGACUCCCAGUUACCUGAUGUUAGUGGCAUAUCUCCCAGUGAAGGCUCAACCCAUGGUAAUGAGAGGAUCGUCUUGCGGGGGACUAACCUUGGAGAGAGCAGGAGUGACAUUGUUAAAGUCCUGCUAGUCGAUGUGGACUGUACUAAAACAGUGGAAUACUUCUCAUCAGGCAAGCUGGUAAUCACAAGCCUGCCAAGAGACAUGCCCACCACUGGUCCUGUCGUAGUAGAAACCAUGUCCGGUGGGACAGGCGUUUCUUCUGUUCACUUCACAUACACUAAGAAGGAUCAGCCCCGACCAGAUGUGCUUCAUUUAGGUGGGACACCGUCCUCAGGGCAGAGGAAGUCAAGGCUAAGUGAUCAAGAGAUUGCUGACUUGCAAGCGGAGAACAAGUCAUUAAAGCUACAAGUUAAAGAGCUAAAAGAAUCAAAGAUCGAGAUGAGUGAAGAGCUAACUUCCCUUAGAGGAUAUUUAGAAAGACUCUUAUCCACAAUCAUGAACAAUAACCCAGAGCUAUUGGAGCUGGCAAAAGAAUAGCUGUAGCACAUAGUGCGUGUGUGUAUG